AUGAUCCAACACCAAGUGCUAGAUGAUUUUACCUUCCUGGAAAACUAUAGCUCUUCCUAUGACUACGAAGAAAAUGAGACAGACUUCUGCUGUGCCUCCCCACCCUGCCCACAGGAUUUUAGCCUGAACUUUGACCGGGCCUUCCUGCCAGCAGUCUAUGGCCUCCUCUUUCUGCUGGGCCUUCUGGGCAAUGGUGCAGUAGCAGCCAUACUGCUUAGCCACCGGGCAGCUCUGAGCAGCACCGACACCUUCCUGCUUCACCUGGCCAUGGCCGAUGCACUGCUAGUGCUGACCCUCCCCCUUUGGGCAGUGGAUGCUGCUGUUCAGUGGGUCUUCGGGUCUGGCCUCUGCAAAGUAGCAGGUGCCCUCUUCAACAUCAACUUCUAUGCAGGGGCCCUUCUGUUGGCCUGCAUCAGCUUUGACCGCUACCUGAGCAUAGUGCAUGCCACCCAGAUCUACCGCCGAGGCCCUCCAGCCCGUGUGACCCUCACCUGUAUAGUGGUAUGGGGCCUCUGUCUGCUCUUUGCCCUCCCAGAACUGAUCUUCCUAUCAGCACGCUAUGACGAACGACUCAAUGCUACCCACUGCCAGUACAAUUUCCCCAAGAUGGGCCGAACAGCUCUGCGAAUGCUGCAGCUGGUUGCUGGUUUUCUGCUGCCCCUGCUGGUCAUGGCCUACUGCUAUGCCCGCAUCAUUGCUGUGCUUCUGGUCUCCAGGGGCCAGAGGCGGCUGCGAGCCAUGAGGUUAGUGGUGGUGGUAGUGGUGGCCUUUACUCUCUGCUGGACCCCCUACCACCUGGUGGUACUGGUGGACACUCUCAUGGACCUGGGGGCCUUAGCUCGCAACUGUGGGCGAGAAAGUCAUAUUGAUGUGGCCAAGUCAGUCACCUCAGGCCUGGGCUAUAUGCACUGUUGUCUUAACCCGCUUCUGUAUGCCUUUGUGGCUGUUAAGUUCCGGGAGCGUAUGUGGAUGCUGCUUAUGCGCCUGGGUUGCGCAAAUCAGAGAAGACAGCAGCGGCCACCUUCUUCAUCUUACCGGGAUUCAUCCUGGUCAGAGAUCACAGAGGCUUCCUAUUCAGGUUUAUGA